ACCUCACGGCAAUCUGUAUAAGCCAUUUGAAACCCGCAAAUCCCCAAUUCCUCACCCAAACAGACAUCAUGCUCCGCACAUCAAUCAUCAAGAGCGUCCGCUUUGUCGCUGCACCCCGCUACUUCUCUGUAGCUGCACGCCGCAUGGCUGAAGGUGCAACCGGCUCUGGCGCGUCGAGGCCUACUGGUUCCGCUGGAGGUGAUGCCUUCACCAAGCGCGAGGCCGCUUCUGAGGAGCUUUACAUUCGCCAGGAAGAAAAGGCCAAGCUCCUAGCUAUCAAGGAGAAGCUCCGCCAGCAGAGGCAGCACAUUGAGGACCUUGACAAGCACAUCGACGAUGUGAUCAAGGAAGGCGAAGCGUCCGGCCAGGGCGAACAGAAGUAAGCUUCUUUCCCAGUACGUGCGGAGGAAAGACAACGAGAGGCUGGCCUCGCGGUCCUUGUUUAGCCAUGAAGUAAAACAAACCCUGAUCACCCACCAAUGUUACCAUGUAGUCCCAG